UUUCGUUAUCACUUAUAUUUCGAAAAGAUUACACCAAAUUCAAUAACAUGAGAGUUUCACCCGAUGAGGUAGAGAGUAACUCAAACUCAUCAUCAUCGUCCUCAGAUCCUAAAACUGGACCAAAGGUGGAGAAGUGUAACCGCGACUCGAACAAGCACCCAGUGUACAGAGGGGUCAGAAUGAGAAAUUGGGGGAAAUGGGUGUCUGAAAUCCGCGAGCCAAGGAAGAAAUCACGCAUAUGGUUAGGCACAUUCCCGACGCCGGAAAUGGCGGCGAGGGCGCAUGACGUGGCAGCGUUGAACAUAAAGGGAGCAAACGCGAUCCUCAACUUCCCCGAACUCGCGACAUCGCUACCUCGACCUGUUUCGCUGGCCCCACGAGACGUGCAAGCGGCUGCAGCCAAAGCGGCUCACAUGGACUUGCCUAGUUCACCGUCCAAAACGACGACGUCGUCUUCCUCUUCGUCGUCGGCUUCCACUACGGACUUAUCUACUGCGUCUGAGGAAUUGUGUGAGAUCAUUGAGUUGCCGAGGUUGGAAACAAGUUAUGAGUUCGGGAAUGAGUUUGUGUUCGUGGAUUCCCAGGACACGUGGAUGUUUCAGCCUCCAUUGCCGUGGUUGCAAACUUCACAUGAUGGUUCUGAUGCUCAUGAGUUUGCUGUGACUGAGAGUGGUGGGGUUGUGAGUUCUGGUUUUGAGAGCUUUCUGUGGAAUUACUGA